UCUCUCCCCUUGGGAGUUACUGAAGUAUGAGAUAGCCAGCACUAGCUAUGUUUUUAAGAGACUGUAACUAGUGCUAUUUUUCCUCGUUAUCUUUCAAAAUAGUUCAGUUUCUUCACUUUUUUGUGAGAUUAUAACAUCCUACAUUCAGCUUCUGGAGAGCUUUCCUGAUUUAUUUCCUAGCUUAGAAGACAUACAGUAAUUCUUGUAUUUCUGACAAAGCUUUCAGGAUCUGGACUACCGUGGAAGAAGUUUCCAGGGAGGCUCAGCCAUAACUUGAGAGAUGACGGCUGAAUACAAGAAAAUUGUUCUACUGAAAGGAUUAGAGAGCAUUAAUGAUUAUCAAUUUAAUACAAUUAAGUCUUUACUAGCCCGUGAUUUGCAACUGACUAAAAAAAUGCAAGAUGAAUAUGAUAGAAUUAAGAUUGCAGACUUGAUGGAGGAAAAGUUCCGAGGAGCUGCCUCUGUGGACAAACUAAUAGAAUUAUUCAAAGAUAUGCCGCAACUUAAAGACCUUGCUAAAUCUCUCAGAUCAGAGAAGUCAAAAGUUGCAAGGAAAAUCAAAGCAAAAGAAGCAACUCCUGCGAAAAAGAGCAGGCAGGAAGAAGCGGAUUCAGCCACACCUGUACCCACCACAAGUAAAGCUCUGACACCUGUAGGAGUGGAGGAGACUCCUGGGGGCCAGAAAAGGAAGAACAUAACCAAAGAGAAGUCUGGAAUCAAAAAGAAGAAGGUCUCCGAGAAGCAGAUCCAGUCUCCCUGUCUAUCUGGAGCCAGUACAUCUGCCAUCAUGGGUCACCUCCCACCUUUCCCAACCUUAUCAUCUACUCCACCCUCCAUGGGUUACCCCCUACCUCCCAAGAUCUCAUCAUAUACUCCAUCCUCCAUGUCUUUACCUGAGAACCAGAGACCACAGGCCCAACAUCAGGUAGCUACCAAAAAGAAUGCUCUCCCAAAUAGCCCAAUAGUAGUGAGGGUACUGAAAGCAACAGAGGCAUUUGAAUUUGAGUCUUCAGAAGAGAGUAAAGACAUGAUGUUUCAUGCUACAGUGGUUACAGAGAAUACAUUCUUCCAAGUGAAGGUUUUCAACAUCAACUUGAAGGAGAAAUUUACCCCGAAGAGGGUCAUUGUCAUAAAAGGUUAUUCUGAAUCCAAAGGAAUACUGGAGAUAAAGGAGGCAUCAUCUGUAUCUGAAGCCGGUCCUGAUCAAAAGAUUGAGGUCCCAGUCAGAAUCAUCAAAAGAGCAAAUGAAACUCCCAAAAUCGAUAAUCUUCAAAAGCAAGCAUCAGGAACAUUCGUGUAUGGGUUGUUUAUGUUACAUAAGAAAACAGUGAAUAAGAAGAGCACAAUCUAUGAAAUACAAGACGAUACAGGAAAGAUGGAUGUAGUGGGGAAAAGAAAGUGGCACAAUAUUAUGUGUGAGGAAGGAGAUAAGCUUCGACUCUUUUGCUUUCAACUGAGAAUGAUGGACUAUAAGUUGAAACUGAUAAGUGGGACUCAUAGUUUCAUCAAGGUCAUCAAGACCCAGAAAAACAAGAAAGAACCAGUCAAUAUUAAUUUAAAUCUGGAAGUCGAAACAGGAGAUGCCAACACAGUCUCAAGUGUCCACCUGAUACAAGUAGCUCACUCUUCGUCAGCAUCUCUCUCCAACCCUUUGUCCAGUCCCUUCCAUGUCUGAUGAGUUGUCCUCGGGAAUGGUUCCUGUGCUGGGCAAACAGAAGGUUUGGGGACCAUGACCGCUGGGAUUCCUCUAGUCUCAGGCAGACCAUUAAAUCUGGUCUUUUUAUGAGAAUUGGGGGUCUGUAUCCCACUGUUCAACUGCUCCCUCAGGGGUUCUCUGUUGUGCUCCCUGUCAGGGCAGUCAUCAGUUGUGGCUGGGCACCAUCUAGUUCCUCUGGUCUCGGGAUGAUGUAGGUCUCUGGUUCAUGUGGCCCUUUCUGUCUCUUGGGCUCAUAGUUAUCGUGUGACCUUGGUGUUCUUCAUUCUCCUUUGAUCCAGGUGGGUUGAGACAAAUUGAUGCAUCUUAGAUGGCCACUUGUUAGCAUUUAAGACCCCAGACGCCACAUUUCAAAGUGGGAUGCAGAAUGUUUUCAUAAUAGAAUUAUUUUGCCAAUUGACUUAGAAGUCCCGUUAAGCCAUAGUCCCCAAACCCCCGCCCUUGCUCCGCUGACCUUUCAAGCAUUCAGUUUAUUCCGGAAACUUCUUUGCUUUUGGUCCAGUCCAGUUGAGCUGACCUUCCCUGUAUUGAGUAUUGUCCUUCCCUUCAGUUCUUAUCUACUAACGAAUCAGUAAAUAACCCUCUCCCACCCUCCCUCCCUCCCCCCCUCAUAACCACAAAAGUAUGUGUUCUUCUCAGUUUAUACUAUUUCUCAAGAUCUUAUAAUAGUGGUCUUAUACAAUAUUUGUCCUUUUGCCUCUGACUAAUUUCACUCAGCAUAAUGCCUUCCAGGUUCCUCCAUGUUAUGAAAUGUUCCACAGAUUCGUCACUGUUCUUUAUUGAUGCAUAGUAUUCCAUUGUGUGAAUAUACCACAAUUUAUUUAACCAUUCAUCCAUGGAUGGGCACCUUGGUUGCUUCCAGCUUUUUGCUAUUGUAAACAGAGCUGCAAUAAACGUGGGUGUGCAUAUAUCUGUUUGGGUGAAGGCUCUUAUUUCUCUAGGGUAUAUUCCGAGGAGUGGGAUUUCUGGGUUGUAUGGUAGUUCUAUUUGUAACUUUUUAAGGAAACACCAGAUAGAUUUCCAAAGUGGUUGUACCAUUUUACAUUUUCACCAGCAGUGUAUAAGAGUUCCAAUCUCUCCGCAGCCUCUCCAACAUUUAUUAUUUUGUGUUUUUUGGAUUAAUGCCAGCCUUGUUGGAGUGAGAUGGAAUCUCAUCGUAGUUUCAAUUUGCAUUUCUCUAAUGGCUAAUGAUCGAGAGCACUUUCUCAUGUACCUGUUAGCUGUCUGAUUAUCUUCUUUAGUGAAGUGCGUGUUCAUAUCCUUUGCCCACUUUUUGAUUGGGUUGUUUGUCUUUUUGUGGUUGAGUUUUAACAGAAUCAUAUAGAUUUUAGAGAUCAGGCACUGGUUGGAGAUGUCAUAGCUGAAAAUACUUUCCCAAUCUGUAGGUGGUCUUUUUACUCUUUUGGUGAAGUCUUUAGAUGAGCAUAGGGAUUUGAUUUUUAGGAGCUCCCAGUUAUCGGGUUUCUCUUUGUCAUUUUUGGUAAUGUUUUGUAUUCCGUUUAUGCCUUGUAUUAGGGCUCCUAACGUUGUCCCUAUUUUUUCUUCCAUGAUCUUUAUUGUUUUCGUCUUUAGGUUUAGGUCUUUGAUCCACUUGGUGUUAGUUUUUCUGCAUGAUCUGAGGUAUGGGUCCUGUUACAUUUUUUUGCAAAUGGAUAUCCAGUUAUGCCAGCACCAUUUGUUAAAAAGACUAUCUUUUCCCCAAUUAACUGACACUGGGCCUUUGUCAAAUAUCAGCAGCUCAUAUGUGGAUGGAUUUAUAUCUGGGUUCUCAAUUCUGUUCCAUUGGUCUAUGUGCCUGUUGUUGUACCAGUACCAGACUGUUUGGGCUACUGUAGCUGUAUAAUAUGUUCUAAAAUCAGGUAGAGUGAGUUCUCCCACUUUCUUCUUCUUUUUCAGUAAUGCUUUAUUUAUCCAGGGCUUCUUUCCCUUUCAUAUGAAGUUGGUGAUUUGUUUCUCCAUCACAUUAAAAAAUGUCAUUGGAAUUUGGAUCGGAAGUGCAUUGUAUGUAUAGAUGGCUUUUGGUAGAAUAGACAUUUUUACUAUGUUAAGUCUUCCUAUCCAGGAGCAAGGUAUGUUUUUCCACUUAUGUAGGUCCCUUUUAGUUUCUUGCACUCGUACUUUGUAGUUUUCUUUGUAUAGGUCUUUUACAUCUUUGGUAAGAUUUAUUCCUAAGUAUUUUAUCUUCUUGAGGGCUACUGUGAAUGGUAUUGAUUUGGUGAUUUCCUCUUCAAUGUUCUUUUUGUUGAUGUAGAGGAAUCCAAGUGAUUUUUGUAUAUUUAUUUUAUAACCUGAGACUCUGCCAAACUCUUCUAUCAGUUUCAGUAGUUUUCUGGAGGAUUCCUUAGGGUUUUCUGUGUAUAAGAUCAUGUCAUCUGCAAAUAGAGAUAAUUUUACUUCCUCCUUGCCAAUCCGGAUGCCCUUUAUUUCUUUGUCUAGCCUAAUUGCUCUGGCUAGGACCUCUAGCACAAUGUUGAACAAGAGCGGUGAUAAAGGGCAUCAUUGUCCGGUUCCCGUUCUCAAGGGAAAUGCUUUCAGGCUCUCUCCAUUUAGAGUGAUGUUGGCUGUUGGCUUUGUAUAGAUGCCCUUUAUUAUGUUGAGGAAUUUUCCUUCAAUUCCUAUUUUGCUGAGAGUUUUUAUCAUAAAUGGGUGUUGGACUUUGUCAAAUGCCUUUUCUGCAUCAAUUGAUAAGAUCAUGUGCUUUUUGUCUUUUGUUUUAUUUAUAUGGUGGAUUACAUUAAUGGUUUUUCUAAUAUUAAACCAGCCUUGCAUACCUGGUAUAAAUCCCACUUGGUCGUGGUGGAUUAUUUUUUUGAUAUGUUGUUGAAUUCUAUUGGCUAGAAUUUUGUUGAGGAUUUUUGCAUCUAUGUUCAUGAGGGAUAUACGUCUGUAAUGUUCUUUUUUUUUAUGUCUUUACCUUUUUUUUUUUUUUACCUGGUUUUGGUAUCAGGGAUAUGGUGGCUUCAUAGAAUGAGUUAGGUAGUAUUCCAUCAUUUUCUAUGCUUUGAAAUACCUUUAGUAGUAGUGGUGUUAACUCUUCUCUGAAAGUUUGGUAGAACUCUGCAGUAAAGCCAUCCGGACCAGGGCUUUUUUUUGUUGGGAGUUUUUUGAUUACCUUUUCAAUCUCUUUUUUUGUUAUGGGUCGAUUUAGUUGUUCUACUUCUGUUUGUGUUAGUUUAGGUAGGUAGUGUUUUUCUAGAAAUUCAUCCAUUUCUUCUAGGUUUGCAAAUCUGUUAGAGUACAAUUUUUCGUAAUAAUCUGAUAUGAUUCUUUUAAUUUCAGUUGGGUCUGUUGUGAUGUGGCCCAUCUCGUUUCUUAUUCAGGUUAUUUGUUCCCUUUCCUGUAUUUCUUUAGUUAGUCUGGCCAAUGGUUUAUCAAUUUUGUUAAUUUUUUCAAAGAACCAGCUUUUGGCUUUGUUAAUUCUUUCAAUUGUUUUUCUGUUCUCUAAUUCAUUUAGUUCAGCUCUAAUUCCUAUUAUUUCUUUUCUUCUGGUGCCUGAUGGAUUCUUUUGUUGCUCAGUUUCUAUUUGUUCAAGUUGUAGGGACAGUUCUCUGAUUUUGGCUCUUUCUUCUUUUUGUGUGUGUGCAUUUAUCAAUAUAAAUUGACCUCUGAGCACUGCUUUUGCUGUGUCCCAGAGGUUUUGAUAGGAAGUGUUUUCAUUCUCAUUGCAUUCUAUGAAUUUCUUUAUUCCCUUCUCCUUAAUGUCUUCUACAACGCAGUCUUUUGUCAGUAGGGUAUUGUUCAGUUUCCAAGUAUUUGAUUUCUUUUCCCUAAUUUUUCUGUUAUUGAUUUCCACUUUUAUGGCCUUGUGGUCUGAGAAGAUGCUUUGUAAUAUUUCAAUGUUUUGGAUUCUGCAGAGGUUUGUUUUAUGACCUAAUAUGUGGUCUAUUCUAGAGCAUAUUCCACAUGCGCUAGAAAAAAAAAAAGGAUACUUUGCAGCGGUUGGGUGGAGUGUUCUGUAUAAGUCUAUGAGGUCAAGUUGGUUGAUUGUAGCAAUUAGGUCUUCCGUGUCUCUAUUGAGCGUCUUGCUGGAAGUCCUGUCCUUCUCCGAAAGUGGUGUGUUGAAGUCUCCUACUUUAAUUGUGGAGGUGCCUAUCUCACUUUUCAGUUUUGUUAAAGUUUGUUUUAUGUAUCUUGCAGCCCUGUCAUUGGGUGCAUAAAUAUUUAAUAUGGUUAUAUCUUCCUGGUCAAUUGUCCCUUUUAUCAUUAUGUAGUGUCCUUCUUUAUCCUUUGUGGUGGAUUUAACUUUAAAGUCUAUUUUGUCAGAAAUUAAUAUUGCUACUCCUGCUCUUUUUUGCUUGUUGUUUGCUAUAUAUAUAUUUUUCCAUCCUUUGAGUUUUAGUUUUCUUGUGUCUCUAAGUCUAAGGUGUGUCUCUUGUAGGCAGCAUAUAGACGGAUCGUGUUUCUUUAUCCAGUCUGAGACUCUCUGUCUCUUUAUUGGUGCAUUUAGUCCAUUUACAUUCAGUGUAAUUAUAGAUAAGAAUGUGUUUAGUGCCGUCAUUUUGAUGCCUUUUUAUGUGUGUUGUUGACAAUUUCAUUUUUCCACUUACUUUUUUGUGCUGAGACGUUUUUCUUUGCAAAUUGUGUGUUCCUCAUUUUCAUAGUAUUUGACUUUAUGUUUGCUGAGUCAUUAUGUUUUUCUUGGUUUUUAUUUUGAGUUAUGGAGUUGUUAUACCUCUUUGUGGUUACCUUAAUAUUUACCCCUAUUUUUCUAAGAAAAACCUAACUUGUAUUGUCCUAUAUCGCCUUGUAUCCCUCUCCAUAUGGCAGUUCUAUGCCACCUGUAUUUAGUCCCUCUUUUUGAUUAUUGUGAUCUUUUACAUACUGACUUCAAUGAUUCCCUGUUUUGAGCAUUUUUUCUUUUUAAAAUUAAUCUUAAUUUGUUUUUGUGAUUUCCCUAUUUGAGUUGAUAUCAGGAUGUUCUUCCUGUGACCUUGUGUUGUGCUGGUAUCUGAUAUUAUUGGUUUUCUGACCAAACAAUUUCCUUUAGUAUUUCUUGUAGCUUUGGUUUGGUUUUUGCAAAUUCUCUAAGCUUGUGUUUAUCUGUAAAUGUUUUAAUUUUGCCUUCAUAUUUGAGAGAGAGUUUUGCUGGAUAUAUGAUCCUUGGCUGGCAGUUUUUCUCCUUCAGUGCUCUAUAUAUGUUAUGCCAUUGCCUUCUUGACUGCAUGGUGUCUGCUGAGUAGUCUGAACUUAUUGAUUCUCCUUUGUAGGAGACCUUUCUUUUACCCUGGCUGCUUUUAAAAUUUUCUCUUUAUCUUUGGUUUUGGCAAGUUUAAUGAUAAUAUGUCUUGGUGAUUUUCUUUUUGUAUCAAUCUUAAAUGGGGUUCAAUGAGCAUCUUGGAUAGAUAUCCUUUCGUCUUUCAUGAUGUCAGGGAAGUUUUCUGCCAACAGAUCUUCAACUAUUCUCUCUGUAUUUUCUGUUUUCCCUCCCUGUUCUGGGACUCCAAUCACACGCAAGUUAUUCUUCUUGAGAGAGUCCCACAUGAUUCUUAGGGUUUCUUCAUUUUUUUUAAUUCUUUUAUCUGAUUUUUUUCAGCUAUAUUGGUGUCAAUUCCCUUGUCCUCUAGAUCCCCCACCGUGCAUUCCAAUUGCUCGAGUCUGCUCCUCUGACUUCCUAUUGAGUUGUCUAAUUCUGUAAUUUUACUGUUAAUCUUUUGGAUUUCUGAAUGCUGUCUCUCUAUGGAUUCUUGCAGCUUAUUGAUUUUUCCACUAUGUUCUUGAAUAAUCUUUUUGAUUUCUUCAACUGCUUUAUCAGUGUGUUCCUUGGCUUUUUCUGUAGAUUGCCUUAUUUCAUUUCUGAGGUCAUUCCUUAUGUCUUGAAGCAUUCUGUAAAUUAGUUUUUAUAUUCUGCAUCUGGCAAUUCCAGGAUUGUAUCUUCAUUUGGGAAAGAUUUUGAUUCUUUCAUUUGGGGAGUUGUGGCAGCAAUCAUGGUCUGCUUCUUUAUGUGAUUUGAUAUUGACUGCUGUCUCCGAGCCAUCUCUAAGAUAUUGUAGUGAUUUAUUCUAUAUUUGCUCACUGAGUCUUGUUUUGUUUUCUUUCAAUAUACAUAGAUGGGCUACUAGAUUGCGCUGUCUUGAUUGUUGUAGCCUUUGAAUCACUUAUGUCCUAUUACCAGCUGGUUUGGGCUGUCACCAGAUAAAUAAGCCUAAGAGUCCAUUCACUAUUCUUGAGUAGAAACUGAUUUUGGGUCAUCAAGUGUGUGGUGUAGACUGUCACCUAUCCACCUAGAGAAGUAGUGGUGAUAGUUGUGUGCACCAGAUUCUAGUAGCAGGAGGGUUUCACACUCCAGGGGGGGCAGGAUGCUGACAGGCUUCCCCCAAGUGCCAGUGAGGUAGGUGUGUCUCUAUUCCUAGAGCUCUUUGGUGGGUGGGCUCUGCAGCUGUACCUUAGGCCCCCAAUGCAAGUACCUCUACAGAUUGGUAGGUGUCACCCUCCUUAGACCCCUAAGGCAGGAGGCUAGGUGGUCCGGGGGGAGCUUCAGCCCUCAGUUCCCUGUCGUGGGUCAGUGAGGGGUCUGUUGAAUACGCAGAGAUAUUAGACCUGGGAAACUUGUCUUUCCAGUAAUCUGCUAAAACAGUUACAGUCAGAUCCCUAUCAGAAUUGCCUUUGCAUUAUAAUAGCCACCUUGUUCCCUGUAGGGAUGAAAGCCCCAGAUUGUGGAUCACAUAUGUUUGGCUGGAGCUGGUUCUGUUUGUAGUCCAAUUAGGGAAGGAUUUUUGGUCCCUGGGUUUUUUGAUAGCUGCUUCUCUCAGGCCAGGAGAAUGGGUUAGGAAAAGACAAAAACAAAAAAAAAAAAACUGCAGAGCACUUCAUUCCCUAGCCCAGGAAAUUCCAAUGUUAAUGAAGCAGCCUGGGAAGGGGAUGGAAGGGAUCAGAUAGAUAGGAGAGAGUAGCACCCAGGAGUAUAGACAAAGUUCCUUAUCUUGCUUGGCGAUGACUGUUUUAUCUGAGAUUACUGAGGGGCGUGUAGCCUGUGUGUGUUGGCUGGGUCUAGAUUGCCCCCGAGGAUCAGGCCUGAGUCCCGUGCUUGUGCUGUCUGAGAAGCCGUGGUCAGUUCCUCUGUUCCUAGUCCAAAGCCCAGCGCCAAGUUUCCCCAGCUGGGACGCCGCACUCCAGGCUCCAAAACCAGUCGCUGCCUCCUGGUGACUUUUUCUCCUGUCAGCUGCGUUGCUGCGCUGUCUGCGUGCACUGGCUGGGCUUCCCCUGUGGUCACUUCUGGGGGCUAGGGCAACGUCCCAUGUUUGCACCAUCUCAGGAUGCCGUGCUCAGCUCCCCUGCGCCCAGUCCAAAGCCUGGCGCCAAAGUUUCCUGACUGGGACGCUGGCUCCAGGCUCCGAAAACAGUCGCUGCUUCCCUGUGGUUGUUCGUUCUCAGUCUCUGUCACUCAGGUCAACUCUUUAGAUCUGUGUUUGAUGGUCAGGGUUCAUAGAUGGUCAUGUAUGUGAUCGAUUCAUUUGUUUUUCCAAGUCUUUGUUGCAAGAGGGAUCCGAAGUAGCUUCUACCUAGUCAGCCAUCUUGGCCCCGCCUCCUGUCUCCAAAUUGGGAUUUUUAUAAACCCAUCAUGACAAAGCUUAAAACCAAGCCUACAGUUCUGAGUCAUCAGGCAAUAAUUGAAAUGGCAGAAUUUCAUAUAAAAGAAAACUUAAAAAAAAAUUGUCACACAAAGAAAUAGAACAUCUGAACAGUGGUAUAUCUAUUAAAGAAAAAUGAAUCCAUUAAACAAAAUGCUUUCCAUAAAGAUAAUUCUGGGCCUACAUUAUUUCAUCAGUGAAUUCUAUCAAACAUUUUUGUAUACACCUUAUAAGAAAAAAAAAAAAAAGAA